CAAAGCAGUUUGCUUCAUCACACACACAUACAUACAUAGACAUUAGAGAAUAAGAUGCAGAAUCUGCAAGAGAAGGCUUCUGAAUGGAGUGGUGUUGAGACAAAUCAUGCUUUUGCCAUUGAUGACACUAACUUGUUUCAAAAGCUAGGCCUUCAAACUUUCAUUAACCUUUCCACCAAUUUCUACAACAGAGUUUAUGUUGACGAUGAGGAGUGGUUUCGUUCAAUAUUCGCCAAAUCUGAUAAAGACAAAGCAAUUCAAAAUCAGUACGAAUUCUUGGUACAGAGAAUGGGAGGUCCUCCUCUGUAUUCUCAAAGAAGAGGACAUCCUGCUCUAAUUGCUAGACAUCGACCAUUUCCUGUGACACAUGAAGCUGCCGAGAGGUGGUUACUUCAUAUGCAACAAGCAUUGGACAACAUUUCAGAUAUAGAUCAUGAUUCCAAGAUAAUGUUGAUGAACUUUUUCAGGCACACUGCAUAUUUUCUUGUUGCUGGAGUUGAACAAAAGAAUCAAAGCCUUCACCCUUGCAAGGAUGCAGAUGGAAGGCAUCCAUGUAAAAACUUUUAGCAUUUUUAUUUCUGCAAAAGGUUGAAGGAUCUAUCAACUAGUAUUAUACAAUUUAUAUAGUUUUUCAAAUCUAUCCGGCAUCAAUUAUUGUUGAUGAUCUUGUAACAAAUUUUUUUUAUUGAUGUUCAUGUCGUUGUUCAUAUUUCAAA